CCCACCUGCCCUGCAGCGGCUCCGCCGUCCCGGGCCCCACACCCACCGGGCACAUCGGAGGGCCCGCUUGCCCCCGUCCUUGGCGGCCCCGCCCGAGCCGGGCCUCGGCUGCCCGCCGCCAUGGCGUGCGGAGCCACUCUGAAAAGGACUCUGGAUUUCGACCCUCUGCUGAGCCCCGCGUCUCCGAAGCGGAGGCGGUGCGCGCCUUUGUCGGCACCGGCGUCGGCUACAGCCUCUCCUGCGGCCGCCACCGCCGCCGCCGCCGCCUCGGCCGCGGCCGCCUCUCCGCAGAAGUAUCUCCGGAUGGAGCCUUCCCCCUUCGGCGACGUCUCCUCCCGCCUCACCACAGAACAAAUUCUGUACAACAUAAAACAGGAGUAUAAACGUAUGCAGAAGAGAAGACAUUUAGAAGCUAGUUUUCAGCAGACAGACCCAGGUUGUAGUUCUGAUUCACAGCCACAUGCAUUUCUCAUCAGUGGACCAGCAUCACCAGGGACUUCAUCUGCAGCAUCCUCACCAUUAAAAAAAGAACAGCCCUUAUUUACUCUAAGGCAGGUUGGGAUGAUCUGUGAACGUUUGUUGAAAGAACGGGAAGAGAAAGUUCGAGAAGAAUAUGAAGAAAUACUGAACACAAAACUUGCAGAACAAUAUGAUGCAUUUGUCAAGUUUACGCAUGAUCAGAUAAUGCGGCGAUAUGGAGAACAGCCUGCUAGUUAUGUUUCAUGAAUCACGCUUUUUGCAUUUGUGGGCUGCCUUGUUCCUUGUUGAGUUGUUGCAGGAGGUCCCAACUAUGACAUGCAGCAAUGCCAUCUGUGAAUACAGGUUAUUUCAAGCUUUCGUCAGUGGCAACCACUCUUAGGCAGCAGCAAUUGGUUUUGGAAAUUCCGUGAUGUCAUUACCACCUGGAUGUGGACCUUUGCUACUUGUAUUACUACCAGUGGCCUCGUUUUGCUGUAUCAUUACAAUUUGGCUUCUUUAUAUUAAUGUUUGAAAGGGAUUAAAGUUGGCAUCCUAGAACAUGCCCUUCACUGGUUAUGUAAAUAAAACUGUAGAAUGACACGUCA